AUAUAAUAUGAAUAGCAUAAAUGUAUGCUUCCUUCUUUUUCCUCGUUGUGCACAAUGGCUGAAUCUCUUAGACACUAUGGAAACCUGAAGGGUCACGCCGGAUGGGUGACCAAGAUCGCUUCCUCCCCCGUGUACCCCGAUCUGUUGGUCUCCGCUUCGCGUGAUAAGACCAUUAUCGUCUGGCUCCUGACCCCCCAGGACCAGGAGAAGCAGGGUGUAGCCAAGCGCCGUCUACACGGUCACGGACACUUCGUUUCCGAUGUUGUGAUCUCAUCCGAUGGACAGUUCGCCCUAUCUGGUUCAUGGGACAAGACUCUGCGUCUUUGGGACCUUGCCACCGGUAAGACCACCCGUCGUUUCAUUGGACACACCGGAGCCGUUCUAUCUGUUGCCUUCUCUGCCGACAACCGUCAGAUCGUAUCUGGAUCCAGAGAUAAGACCAUUAAGCUGUGGAACACUCUUGGAGAGUGCAAGUUCACCAUUUCCGAGGAUGGCCACACCCACUGGGCAUCAUGCGUCGCCUUCUCCCCCAACACCACCAGCCCCAUCAUCGUGUCAUGCGGUUGGGAUAAGCUAGUUAAGGUUUGGAACUUGAGCAACUGCAAACUCCGCACCAACCACAUCGGACACACCGGAUACCUUAACACCGUUGCCGUGUCACCCGAUGGUUCGCUAUGCGCGUCUGGAGGCAAGGACGGACAGGCCAUGCUUUGGGACUUGAACGAUGACGGCAAGCACCUAUACACUCUGGAUGCUGGAGGCAUUAUAUACUCUCUAGCUUUCUCCCCCAACCGAUACUGGUUGUGCGCGGCGGCCGGAUCCAUCAUCAAGAUCUGGGAUCUAGAAUCCAAGAAUGUUGUUGAUGAGCUUGUCAUCGACACCAGCAAGCAGGGUACUGGAGUCAUCGAGUGCAUCUCUCUUGCCUGGUCGGCUGAUGGAGAGACCCUAUACGCCGGUUACACUGAUUCCGUGAUCCGUGUAUGGCAGGUCAGCCACAAUUAAAUUUAGUGCAUGUACAACAAAUGCUGCAUGGAAUAUAAAUUGUGAAUCGAAUCCCCUUGUUUUGAUAUUUUUAUUGGAGCGCAGUGAGGUAGUUGGGUUCAUGUUUUUGCACGUAUUUUAUCAUUGUUCAGCUUUUGCACGUGUUUUGUGGAUAGUAUUGUAUGCCGGCUCAGAGCAUUGGUCGUGUGUAAUCAAUCACACGUCCAUUGUAUAUUAAAUACAGCUGUGGCUAAAGUGAACGUCUGGGGGAGGUUGGUUGAUGAUACACUCUCUUAUUGUCUGUAUGCAUUUUCGCCUGCCUCAACAUAAAUUACCGGUUAGUAUGCUAUUAAGAUUCUUUUUUUAAUAAAUGUACUUAUUCUUGGA